CGCACGAAAUCCAUUACCACUCGGGCAGCAGAGAGGGCCGUGAUCGAGUCGCUCUGCUCCGACUAUCAAACAAUCCGCUCGUUGAAAGCCUCGGACGGACUAGAGACGGCGCAGCGAGCAGCGGCGGAGCUCCGGUGAACCAGUGAGACAGAGCGGGACGCUUCGGAGAGGAAGGAUGGCGGAUACGAGCAGCACCGCGGCGGUCGGGGCCGCAGGCUCCAACAGCGCUUCUGCUGCCGGGCCGACGGGCACCGAAGGAGCGCCCGGGGCUGCGGGGGCCAAGACACCGUCCGAGUCCGUGAAGGGCCAGAUCUUUGACGUGGGCCCGCGUUACACGAACCUAUCGUACAUCGGGGAGGGGGCGUACGGGAUGGUUUGCUCUGCUAUGGACAACAUGACAAGCCAGCGCGUAGCCAUCAAGAAAAUCAGCCCGUUUGAGCAUCAGACGUAUUGCCAGCGCACGCUGAGGGAAAUCAAGAUCCUGCUGCGUUUCCACCAUGAGAAUAUCAUCGGCAUCAACGACAUUCUCAGGGCACGACACAUUGACAACAUGAGGGAUGUCUACAUCGUGCAGACUCUGAUGGAGACAGACCUGUACAAGCUGCUGAAGAGCCAGAGGCUGAGCAACGACCACGUAUGCUACUUCCUCUACCAGAUCCUGAGAGGCCUCAAGUACAUUCACUCAGCCAACGUGUUGCACCGUGACCUCAAGCCCUCCAACCUGCUCAUCAACACCACCUGCGACCUCAAGAUUUGUGACUUUGGCCUGGCACGGAUAGCUGACCCUGAGCACGACCACACAGGUUUCUUGACUGAGUACGUGGCUACUCGUUGGUACAGGGCUCCAGAAAUCAUGCUCAACUCAAAGGGCUACUCUAAGUCCAUCGACAUCUGGUCAGUGGGCUGCAUCCUGGCUGAGAUGUUGUCCAACAAGCCUAUCUUCCCUGGGAAACACUACUUGGACCAGCUCAACCACAUACUGGGCGUCCUCGGCUCUCCAUCUCAAGAGGAUCUGAACUGCAUUAUCAACAUGAAGGCGAGGAACUACCUGCAGUCCCUGCCCGAGAAACCCAAGAUCCCCUGGGAGAAGCUCUUCUACAAGGCAGACUCAAAAGCUCUGGACCUGCUUGGCCGCAUGUUGACCUUUAACCCCAUCAAGCGCAUCAGCGUUGAGGAGGCCCUGGCUCAUCCUUACCUGGAGCAGUAUUACGAUCCCACAGAUGAGCCGGUAGCAGAGGAGCCUUUCACUUUCUCCAUGGAACUGGAUGACCUUCCCAAGGAGAAGCUGAAGGAACUGAUCUUCGAGGAAACGGCUCGUUUCCAGGAGACUUACCAAGGCUCCUGAGACACUCAGCCCUAAAGAGUGACAAAGCCACCCUGAGGCUUGGAAGCAGAAGAACCCAAACGACAUGCUAAAACAAAAGAAAAAUGCAUCUUCAACAAACCAACAAAAAGAGAAAAACAACACAAGAAAUAUGAACAUUUAACUGCUUAUCUUUCCAUUUCUACUGCAAGAGAGCUAAGUUUAACUUUAAUUUCUGUGGUUGGGUGGGGUGGUCGUGUCUGUUGUACUCAUACUGUUUCAGUUUUGUCCAUGUUGGACUCUUCACUCCUCUCAUUACACAUUUAUUUUCCUGUUUAACGUCCCUCCUGCAGUAGCUCUCUGCCCCUCUCCUCCCCUCCUCCCCUGUCCUCUUCUCAUCUAACUCUUUUUCAGCUCUCCUCCACCUGUUUGUCUCUCCUCUCUGUCGCGCUCCCUCAUAUAACUCAUACUACUGUAUUAACCAACACCAUAACUCUCUUGUCUUGCUCCAUGUAAAUUAGAACCAGAAAAAAACCGAGGGCUAAAAGAACGGGGAUGCUAAUCAGGUGUGUGUAUGUACAUACAAAAAUAUAAAAGCUUUUUUUUUUUUUUUCUUUUUACGUGUGCUUGUCGCAGGUUUUCGUUUGUACACCGUUGUUUGAGUGUUUUCGGAUCAGUUCAGAGUCGUAUUUGUAUGUUUUGGGGUUUAUAUUUGCAAGUCAUUUUUGAACACUUGAUUUUGAAACAAACAUUCAAUGUUUUUACUGGCAUGUUGGCAGGUUUAUAGAUUUCUUUGUUGUCGCUCUUUUUUUUUUUUCUUUUUCUAAAAAAAAAACAAAAAAAAACCUGUGUAUGAUGUUCAUAUGAAUGCAUGCAUUCCUGAAAUUAACCAAAGUGGCAGAGAGAUGCAAGGAAAUUGUUUGGGAAGCAGCUAUGAAAUAUAUGUUGAUUUUGAAUUCUACAGUUUUUAAACACAUUUUUCUUGCCCUAGCUACAACUGGCAGACAAACCGAACCCCAUUUGUGGAGGGCCGGUUAUAUUCGGGAGGCGCUACAUAAUUGGAACAAAUCAGAUUCAAACAAACACCUUCAACUAUCGUCUCCCAAGACUGUGUUGAUUCAGAUAUUACAUCAGUGGUGCCAACAGCAGCCUCAUUUUCCAGAAUAUUUAUGGUGCUUUUAUCAUGGGAAAAGUUGUGUUUUUCUUACUUCAAUCCUUCUUAACCGCACCCAGAUUAGCAGUAAGAUAAGAAAAAUGAAACAUGAGAAAUUAUUAUUUAUUUGGAAGUUGCAGCAUCAGUAGAAACAGCAAAUAGCGCGAGUAUAACGACUGUACAUUUUUGCCCCUUUCCACUAAAUGGUAACGUCAAAUAGCUGAUCGAGUGUCAGAGUGACAUUCCCAUAGUAAAUUACAUUCCUGUAACAAAUACAGCUGACUGUUUGAAAUGUCACUUAAUUUUGCAUUUCUAGGGAGCACCUAUUCUGAAAAAUGGGCCUGUUUGACAGCAUCAGUCUUGUCAUACCACCACCACCACCCUGUUUUUGUACUGCGUUCCUAUGUUCUACCGUUUUUGAAGUCUAAAGUGAAUGCAGGCUGGCACUUAACAGGCAGUGAAGGUCCAAAACUAAAGAAAUGUAAUGAAUUCAUAGAGCAAGUGCAAUUUCCAAGUAUUUUCAGAUCAUGAUCUCUCUCUCUCAUCGCAACUCAGUGACCCUUUACAAGAACUGCAUCUCUUUUACGACUACUAAGAAAACUGUACAUGUUACAGAGUCAUCAACAACAAAAUAGUCAAACCACAGCCAAGCAACCAUCAUCACUUUGUGCUUGUGUAUAUAUUCCUUCCCCUUCUUUCUGCUUGUUUUCUUUAUGUGCUCCCUUGCCUGUGUGUUUUCCCGGCUACUUGUUAACAUGCUGGAUGUUUUUUUGUUUUUUUUCUUCAGUGUGGGUGAUAAAGUGCCGGGGUGAUGUGUUCACUAUAGGUCAAGGAUCUUGUGAGGACGCCUGCCUGGCUAGCUGUGCUAACAGUGGCAUGUGUAUUGUUCCUAUCCGUCUCUGCCCCUGCCCCACCCCCCUCUUUUCGCGCUGGAUGUGACUGUACUUAAGUGCUGCUUGGUAGAGCGCCACCUGUGUGGGUCCAGCUCAGUCUGCACUAAUAUUCGCCUGUUGCACUGGGACCAGUAUAAAGAAUGGACCAACACAUGCACUGGAUCCUCUCUCAGGGCAGGCCUGUGAUGCUGAGUAGACCCAGAUCUGGAGCGCUCACUGGCUUCACCCUUUCGCAGCAAUUUUUUUUUUUUUUAAACUUCACAGGCUGUUUCUCUCAGAAGCCAUAUAGCCAGCACUCUGCGUGUGGGGCUUUUUGGUGCAUGUGGUGAAAUUCACUGUUUUUGUUCACCCUCCCAACACUCACCACGCUUUACUCUAAGGGCUGUCUCCUCCCCCUCCUCCUCACUCUUCCUCCUCCUGCUUUCUGUUUUUCGGUGAAGACCUUCGAACCCGUAUCACUGACUUUUUUGCUGCCGUUUUCCUCGUCCUCCUCCCUCCUCAGAAAAUCCAUGUCACAGGCGGCCGUACAAGCAGGAAACUCGCUCCAAUCACACGUCUCAAUCAGCACACCUGCACUUUGUCUUUCCAGCCACGCUCGCUCCCCAUCGAGGUUGUUGUUGUUGUUGUUUGUCACCCAGGUCGGUCUUUCCCUUCCUGUCUCUGUUCGCUAAGCUUUAAGUUUCACCUCCUGCGUGUUCUUUUUUUUUUUUUUUUUGUCUGCAGUAAUUUAUGUCUGUGUACAAGUGUUUGUGUAUCAGUAACAUAAAGCCAAGACUCUUUCUCCUGUUUGUGUGUGUAUGCAUAUGUGUGUGUUUGUGUAUUUUGAAAGUGUGUACUGUAUCCUCACAGCUUGGGCACUCUCCCUGCCGUUACCUGUGCUUUUAUUGUUUCUUUUUGACCAACUCAAAAACAGUCACAAAGAUAUUUUGUACGCAUUACGUAUGUAUAUUUGCCCUCAAGUCAGCCGGGCACUGCUUGCUUUUUCUUCUUUUUUUUUCGCCCACUACCUGCCACCAGACCAAACAUCUCACUUGGGUAACCAUGGGAACGAACCAAGAAGACCACAAUCCACCUGACACACUCUCGCACACACACAUACACACACACACACUGACUUUGAUUGGUUUUGCUAGGAGGUGUCCUCACAACACACUAUGGGGUCAUGGUCCUCACAUGUAUAGCAAAACAAGCAUGAGUGUGAGUCUAUCUGUGUGUUUGUGGAAAGUUGCACUUAACGCACCAUAUACAUUCACACGGUAACCACGAGUCUAACGGCCUGUCUGUCAUGAGGCCUGUUUCCAGAUAUUGUUGUUUUUAAAUGGCUGUUCUUAUUAUUGCUAUUGUUGUUAUAUUGGUGAGUUGAUGUAUUUUCUUUUCUUUUUUUUUUCUUUUUUUUACAUAAAAGGGAGUUAAAGUUGUAUCUUUUUUUAUUAUUAGGAUGUUUUUAUUUCUAUUUUUUUCUUCCAUAUUUCUCUUAUGGGCGUGAUAAUUAUUAUUGGCCGUGUUUUCAACCUCAAAUGUUUUUUUUCUUCUUCUUUGAUUUCCCCUUCAAGAUCUUAUAAGGAAUUAUUUUAAAAGAAGAUAUAAGUAGAUUGUCAAAGAGAUAUGAGUUAUUGAGGGUUAUAGUCUGUAUAUUCUAUGGGUAUUAUGAAUUAAACGAUUAACAAAGAAACAGAAUUAUAUACAUAUAAUUAAAUAAAAUUUCCUGAUACUGUU